AUGGGAAGUGGCAGUAAUAAAACCAAGUCUGGGGGGGCCAAUCAGAAGGAUUUGUCCAACGAAGACGAGGCAUACAGCGCCAUAUUCAGUGGAGAAUUUGGGGCGCUUGACAUUAGUAACUACAUUGGGUCGCAGGGCCAUGAUAGCGUCACAGAACAUCUGCCAGAUGCGAUAGACUUCGAGGAUGAGGACGAGUUGGCGGAAGAGGAGCUGCCAGACGAUUACAAGGCGGGGACACGGCAGCACUCGCCCGCACACGGGGAAGACGACUAUCUAACGAUGAUGGAAGACCCGACGGCCGAGUAUCAGGGCAACAACGCGUUAUUCAUGGGGGUACACGACGACAGCAGCAAUGGCUAUGUAAACGAGCACGGGGAAUUCAACGAGUAUACGGAUGAGCAGCAGCGGGAGCUGGAGCAGCGGAAGCGGCUGGACCAAGAGCGGCUGGCGCAGGAGGAGCAAAUGCUGGUGAAGUCGUACUUUCCACAACUACAGAAAGGCAAGAUUCUGCAGAUGACGAAGACCGCACCAAAGCCCUUGGCGGAGUACCAGUGGCAGCGCAACCUAUACUUGGUUAAUCGUGUGGUGAAGCCGCUACUCCCAUUGAAGGUUCGUUUCGAAGUGCAACCCGACAGCCGCAAGGUCUUCAAGGCCAAAGGCAAGGGCUGGCAUACAUCUGCCACUCUGCUGCGCAGUAAGAAGAAGCGUGGCAUUGUGUACACUACGCCAGAUGAGGUAUAUCCGGAACAUGAAAGGGAGGUGAACAAGGUAAGUUCAGACGAGGUGAUCCCAGAAGACCUGUUAAUGGUUGCUGAUGAGUGGGACUAUAAUAAAAUAGUAGGAGAGGUUGAAUCUGAUGCCGACAAGCAAUCUAGUGUUGGAUCGAAUAUUUUUGAUAGUAAGCUACAGGAAGAUCCACGGGAUUGGGAGUGGGAUGAGGCGGAUCUGGUAGAAGGGAAGCUAACCAGUUUGCAUUUCCCGUUGGAUAUGAACGACGAAAGACUCCUUUUUGCGAAGCAGCCCGAUACAGGUGCAAUCGGGAGAUCUUCUACGGUUCUCUAUAACGACAAGCACCUCUUUUCGAAGUUCAACAUUUCCAACGAUGACAAGUAUAGAAUUCUGAAAGAGAACUAUCAAACCAAGAUUCGUUCCACGAUUUCAAACCUCAGCAUAGAACACUCUCAACCCGCGGCUCGCCUCCAAUCUCCAUUUUACAAAGUCCUCCUGCCCAAGGAACAGCUCAGGCACUUCCAUCGGUGCCACUUUGGCAAGGGUAUCCGCCCCGGUACCAACAUAGUAUUUAGUAAAAUCAAGGUGAGGAGACGGAAGCGCGAUAAGGGUAAAGACGUCAGGGAAAUAUUUUCAAACAGUUCAGACUUGACCAUUGGUGAUAGUGUACCCGUGUUUUUGAUGGAGUACUGUGAACAGCAGCCUAUCGCACUGUCGAAGUUUGGUAUGGCCAGUAAAUUAAUCAAUUACUACCGGAAAAGGAGUGAGACCGAUACAUCACGCCCAAAGCUUCCUGUCGGCGAAACACACGUUUUGGGUGUCCAAGACAAGUCACCAUUCUGGAAUUUUGGUUUUGUUGAACCGGGUGCAAUUGUGCCCACGCUGUACAACAACAUGAUUAGAGCUCCUGUGUUCAAGCACGAGGUUUCUCGGACUGACUUUUUACUGAUUAAGAGUGCAGGUAACGGUACCGGUACUAGGUUCUACCUACGGCAAAUAAACCAUUUAUUCACAGUGGGUCAGACAUUCCCGGUCGUGGAAAUUCCGGGGCCAAAUUCCAGGAAAGUCACAUCGAUGGGUAAGAAUAGGCUACGCAUGGUGGUAUAUAGGAUAUUAAACAAAUCGCCAGAACACAGGUUGCUUGUAAAGCAAGUUGCAAGACACUUCCCAGAUCAAAAUGACAUGCAGAAUCGGCAAAGGCUCAAAGAAUUCAUGAAGUAUCAACGUGAUGGCGAUGACCAAGGAUUUUGGAAAUUAAAGGAAGGGGAGGUUCUACUUGACAAUGAAAAUGUGAAGAAAAUGAUAUCUCCUGAAGAUGUAUCAAUGCUGGAGUCCAUGUACGCGGGUCAGCAGUUCCAGGAAGAUACUGAUAUGUUCAAUUUUAAUUCAAAGUUGCGCACCUUGGAGGAAAACUUGAUUCCAUGGAAUGCGACAAAGAACUUUUUAAACGCUACACAGAUGCGAGCCAUGAUCCAGAUACAUGGCGCGGGUGAUCCUACAGGCUGCGGUGAAGGUUUUUCUUUUCUAAAAACUUCCAUGAAGGGCGGCUUCACCAAGUCAGGUGAAAGUGAGCAGCCCCAGGCCACUGGUGGGCAUAGUUACAAUGUUGCCCAGCAACAAAAAGCUUAUGAUGAGGAGAUCAGUAAAACUUGGUAUAAGCAGGCAAAAUCUCUAAGCAUACAAAAUCCGUUUGAGGAAAUAGAUGACCCAGAUGUGGUCAACAAGACUAACAAACGUGUGAAGACUCACAGGGACGAUGAAAAAGUGCUGCGCAUCAUACGGAAAACUAGGGAUGAAAACGGCAUAAUCCAACGUCAGACCGUCAUCGUGCGUGACCCUCGUGUGAUCCAUGCAUAUUUGCGAACUUACGAAAAAAGGCGUGAAGAGGCGGAACGUAAUCUAGGUUUGGAAGAAUUAAUGAAUGACAACAUAGACCUUGUUACAGGAGAAAAUAAUGAAGAACGCCAGCUGAAACAAAAGAAGUUGUUAGAGGAGCAGUUGGCAAAGUUGGAGAAAUCAAAGGAAAGACGACAAGCACGCAAGGCCGCGAAGGAGAAGAGCAAAGAUGGCAAAGUCGUGAAAGUAAAAAACACCACGCGACGCUGCGCAACAUGCGGUGCGAUCGGGCAUAUCAGAACUAAUAAAUCCUGCCCCAUGUACAAUGGUGGCGUUGCAGCAAACGCAAACGCAAACGCGAAUGCGUCGAGUGCAGCAGCUGCAGGUUCUUCAGGGAUGGCCUCAAAUAAUAGCGCUACCAGCAAGUCUAUAACUCCUAAUGCCAGUAUUCCGCCGACUUCAUUCGACUAG